AUGACACCCAUGAGGAUUGAAUCCAGUUACCUGCUGAAGCUCGUGGAUAGCGUGUACAGUGAAGAUUGCGCUCUUCCAUGUGCCUAUCUUACCGGCAGCGAUACACUGUGCAAGGGCAGGAUGAAGAAGAAUAGGACUGAAGAGAUAAAGCAGCUAUUUGGAAAGCUUGUCGAAUGCUUGGAUGUGUCCUCUGGAAAGUUGAAGAGCACAGACACCGUCGAACUGUUCAUCGUCCUCGGCAACAUUGCGGCGCUUUGUGUUUGCACCAGAUCUCAUACCAAGCACGCCAUAGAUGUGCAAAAGAAAUGGCGAUAUGAGAUGGAUGAUCCCGUAACGGGCACUGCUAUCUCAACCAAAUUGCUCAGUUAUGUCUGUUGUCGAGAGGAGGCCAUUUUGACCAAUUCCAACCUUGACAAGCCGCAGGAAUUCAAGCGCCGGCUAUCCGGGGCUAUAACCAAUGAGCAGAUAGCAGCGAAAGUUACGAUGCUUCUUGAGAGCGACCUGGGAGACAAAGACGGGAAUAUGGGGUUCAUUUAUGUGAUCGCACACCCUCGGGUCGAAGGAAUGUAUAAAGUUGGAUAUACCACUUCGAGGAAACACCCAAAUGAUGGUCGUUUUGUAGAACACAAAAGGUGCUACCCUGAGCUUAGAGUGGUGCAAAGCAGGUCAAUACCCAGGGCGCGUCGAUUUGAGCAAGUCAUUCUGGCUGAGUUUUCAAGGGAGCAUUGUGAGCUUCAGGAGAAAUGUGCCCGCUGCAAGCGGGCGCACAAAGAAUGGCUCAAAAUCAAUGAGGAGACUUUGCUUACGAGCUUGGAGAAGUGGGCUAUAUUUGCCGAUAAUCAUGACCUAUAUGAUGACGACGGUCGUUUCAAAAAUGACAUCGACCUCCCUAGCCCGGCUUUGAACCUACAAGGGCGCAAGCUUCUUCGUGAUAUUCCAAUCCAAAAGAAGAGGAAGCCGCCAUACUCUUCCACAUGCAAAUUCGAAGGGCCAUCGCGGCCUGGCACGUCGGGUAGCAACAGCAGUUCCAACUCAUCCGAUGGAAAAUCGACAACAAAAUCAAGCACCCAAGUGCUCUCCAUGAAAAAUCUGCGUAUAUCAGACGAUUCCCCCUUCGGGAACGAGAGUUGA